AGGGCGGUAAGGAGGGGUGAGGACGCCGCCCUUUGCUAAGUGAGCGGCUGGGAGCAGGAGGGCGUCGCGAGGCAAUGGAGGCGCAGGGCUUCUCCCCGGAGCGGCUGGCGCGCCAGCUGGCCAAAGCCGAGGCUCUGCUGGUGGCGCACGUGUCCCCGCAGGUCCAGGCCCGCUGGCGCUGGGCGGUGAAGCUGGACGGGCCACCGGACCUGGAGCGCUUCUGCACGCAGCUCAGGGAAGCCCGGCGCGGCCGGGAGGCUCUGCUAGACCGGGACGCGGCGCUAUCGGAGCCCGAGCAGGAGCGGCUGCAAGGGUUGCUGCGGUUGGAGAUGGCGCUCCUGCGCGCCAUCCAGACGCUGGUCGAGGGCAGAACCCUGGCCACGGACCCGGCCCCGCGGACCUCGAGGCGGAGGCAGGGGUGGAAGCCCCGCGUGUCCUCGCUCAGGGCGGCUCUGCUGGGGCUGGCGGCCGAGCUAGACGUAGCCAAGCGGCAGAGCCUGCCCUGGGACGCCGCGCUGGCUCUGCAGCUGGCCCUGGAGGCGCUGCUGGAGAAAAGGCCCGGCGAGGCGAUCCGGGCGCUGGAGCCGCUGUUGCUGCGGGAAGGAGGGCGCGGCCGGCCGAAGCGGCUGCUAGCUUUGCUCCAGGUUCUGCAGGAGGAAGGCUGGGCCGAGCGCGGGGCCGAGCUGCCCCUGCGGGAGCUGCGACCGCUGCUGGAGAAGGCGCUGCGCCUGGUGCGCAAGGAGCUGCGGAGCUGGCGGGCGGCGGAGCUGGUGAACGCCGAGUGGGCAGGGUCCCCGGAGAUGGUGGUAGUGAAGGAGGAGGAAGUGACUCCCGGUGGGACCCUGCCCAAAGUCCCAGGAUCCCUGGAAAUGGUGGUAGUGAAGGAGGAAGAGGAGGAGGAGGAAGUAACUCAGGAUGGGGCCAGCCCCAAAGCCCCAGGAUCGUUGGAGAUGGUGGUAGUGAAGGAGGAAGAAGAAGAAGGAGAUACUCUGAAUGGGACCGUCCCAAAAGUCCCCCUGAGCGAGGUAGGACUAGAACACAGGGCCCCCCAAGAGGUGUCUGCGGAGACCUUCCCCAAAGACCGCUCCCAGGAGCAUCUUAGGCCAAGAAAGAUGCCGACCACAGACUGCAGGUCUCCCUUUGCAAAGGAGACAAGUGGGCGCCUGCAGGCAGAGAUGGAUGCCUCCGGUUUGAAGGACAUCGUCACGUGGAGGAAGAAGGACGUCACAACGGGCCCUGACCAGGAGCUUCUGGAGUCGGAAAAGACAGUUGCCCCCAACUUCAGGUCUGUCCAAAGGAGGCCCUACCCAAAGGAGGCGGCCUCCGGACAGCAGGCAGAGACGGACAUCCGCUUGAAGAAGGGUGCCCCGUGGAAGAAAAUGGAGGAGCUUCGGCGUGUCCUGCGGGUCGUCACCCGGAGGAAGAUGAGGGCUCUGUCCUCCUCCUUGUGGAAACAAGGCCCUCGGAAGAUGUGCAGCCGUCUCCACCAGCUUUGCCGCCAGUGGCUAAAGCCAGAAAUGAACACGAAGGUGCAGAUGCAGGACCUGGUGAUCCUGGACCAGUUCUUGUCCUUCUUGCCCCCUGAGAUGGAGAGCUGGAUCCGGGAGUGUGGAGCCGAGACCAGCUGCCAGGCAGUGGCCUUGGCCGAAGGAUUUCUCCUGAGCCAGGCGGAGGAGGAGAAGGAGCAGGGAGAGGCGCAGUUCCAAGAACUAAACUUGAAGUCCAUCUCUGAGAAUCGGGAGGAAAGAAGGGAUUGGCCAGGUUAUUCCGGGGACCUGUUCUUCAAUGGGAACUUCCAUGAAGAUCCAAGUCAGGGCACCUUCUCAGGGAAUGGAAAAUCUGCAUUCAUAGGUUCUUCUGUGUCUAGAGAAGUUGAAGAGCCAGUUGAACCCCGGACUCAGGUUCUUGUCUCUCUAAAGGAGGUGGCUGUGUGUUUCUCCGAGGACGAAUGGUCUUGGCUAGAUCCUGUUCAGAAAGACCUGUACAGAGAUGUCAUGCUGGAGAACUCCAGAAAUGUGGCCUUUUUGGAGCAGUGGUGGCGAACCUAUGCCACUCAUGCCACAGGUGGCACACAGAGCCCUCUCUGUGGGCACGUGUCACUGCACCAAGCUGCUUUCUGGCCGACAGCAGACUUCCCAUUUACAAAAUGGGGGAAAAAAAAUGGACCGCUUGACUGCCGUCAACGAUCAUCUGGACCACAUGGCCUGGGCCUAGCAGCUUCUGGACCUCGGCCGCUGCUCCUGGACCUCGGCCGCUGCUCCCAGACUUUGCCCGCUUGCCUGCCAUCACCAAUCGGGUCCAGCUGUUCCUGCCAUCGCCUAUCAGGCCCAGCUGUUCCUGCCAUCGCCUAUCAGGCCCUGCUGCUCCCGGACUUUGCCCACUUUGCUGUCGUGGAUCGCCCAGACCACGUGGCCCAGGCCCAGCUGCUCCCAGAUCUCCCCCGCUGCUCCUGGACUUCGCCCACUGCUCCCAGACCUCAACCGCUUGCCUGCCAUCACCGAUCGGGCCCAGCUGCUCCUGCCAUCACCGAUCGGGCCCAGCUGCUCCCGGACCUCACCUGCUUGCCUGCCGUCGCCGAAGUUGCUACUCCAAGUCUUCAACACCCAAAAGUGAGUGCAGCAAAAAAGGCAAGAACAGAUAGUGGAAGAUCAUUCCGAGAGGCCUGGACAGAGUCAUUUGGAAUGAUUGAACACAAUGGGAAAGCAUUAUGUACUUUGUGUAAUGAAAGUGUUGUAUGUCGCACAUCAAGUGUCAGACGGCACUUUAACACCAAACACAAAAAUGUUGCUGAACUUGCUGCAACUGAAAGAAAAGAGUUUCUUGAAGAUAAAUUGAGGAAAUACCAUUCCCAGUCUCUUAGUGUUUCCAACUAUCUUUCUAGAACAAAUCAUCUGACAGCUGCCAGUUUUCAAAUUUCACUGUGCAUAGCAAAACAUGGUAAGCCCCUCUCAGAUGGAGAUACUAUCAAAACGGCCAUGUUGUCUGAGUGUAGUUCCCUUUUUCAUGAUUUCCCAAACAGGAAUAAAAUUAUUCAACACAUCUCUGAGAUGCCACUUAGCAGAAAUACCGUUAAAGAUCGAGUCCAGCGCAUGGCAAGUGAUGUUAGUCAGCAGCUAACCAGUGACUUACAAAAGGCAGCCUGUUAUUCCAUGUGCUUGGAUGAAAGCACAGAUAUAAACAAUCAUGCAAGGCUAGCCGUUAUUUUGCGUUAUGCUGUUGGUGACAUCAUCAGAGAAGAGCUGGUGAAACUGGUGUCUUUGCCCGAAGGAACACAAGGGAUAGAUAUCUACAAUGCUGUCAUGGAGGCUUUUUUGUCACGAGACAUAAGGCCAGAAAAAGUGGUUUCAAUUAGUAGUGAUGGGGCACCUUCUAUGGUGGGGGCAACCUCUGGUUUCGUACAGUUCUUUGUUAAAGAAAUAAAACAUCAAGUCAUUCAGUUCCAUUGUAUUAUACAUCAAGAAGCUCUUUGUGCCAGGGAAAGCAGCAAAAAAUUUGACGACGUCCUCAAAGAUGUCACAAAAAUGGUGAAUUACAUCAUGGCUCGUGCACUGAAUUUUCAACAGUUUAAAGCACUUCUUGAGGAGGUUCAGGCGCAGUAUAAUUGUUUACUUAUGUACAGUAAUGUCCGAUGGCUGAGCAGAGGACGAGUCCUGGAGAGAUUUGUAGCCUGCUUGGAUGAAAUUAGGCUGUUUAUGAAUGAAAAAGGGCAGAAAUAUCCACAGCUCACUGAUAGGGCCUGGCUUACCAACCUCAUGUUUUUUACAGAUUUUACAGUACACUUCAAUGUACUGUACAAACAACUACAAGGUGUAGGAAAAACAGCAGAGAUGACAUUUUGUGAUAUUAAAACGUUUGAGAGAAAACUGCAGGUUUUUGAAAGAGACCUUAAAAGUGGGCAGCUGAAAUAUUUUCCAAAUCUAAAAAUGCAUUUAGAAAAUUCUUCAACAUUUGCAGACAAUCCUACAAGCCAUCAGAAAAUCUACAAGGAAUUUUCUAGCAUUGUAGCAGCCACAAAGGUGAAUUUUAGUAACAGAUUUUUACAGUUCCGUAAGAUGGAGACAACCCUAUAUUUUCUUACUUCUCCAGAUAAAGCCAAAUUUGAAGAACUUGAUCUUUCCUGCUUACGCUGGUUAGAUUUAGAAAAUCUGGAAAUGGAGCUAUUGGAAUUUCAAGAAAAUUCCAUGUGGAAAAAUAAAUUCUGUGACCUGCGUGAAACCCUUGAGAAGAUGGAAAGGAUGACAAAGGACAGCAUAGUUAAUUCUGACACAGUUAGUUGUGAAAAUGAAAUCCUUAAAGUGUGGAAUUCUCUGCCAAAUAAUUUUAAGUCAAUGAAAGUACUUGGGAUUGCUUUCCUUACUUUGUUUGGAUCAUCUUAUGCUUGCGAGCAGGUGUUUUUAGCUUUGAAUUAUGUCAAACCUGACAGCAGAAGCAAACUAACUGAUGACCUGAGUGCUGCAUGUGUUGCUCUCAAACUUACAAAGUAUGAGCCAAGGUUAGAAAAAUUAUUAGCAUGCAUACAACAGCAAAAGUCACAUUAAUCAAAAGCAUGCCAAAUGCAAAC